AUGUCCUCCCGCUUCGUCUCAGCCGGCUCAAUAGACGCCACCACGGGCGAAGCCACCACCGAACACGCCGGCCCAUCCGACUCCCAACAGCAGCAGCCACUACCCGUGAGCCAAAAGUCAAAGGAAUGGGCAGAAGUCACCCAGCAGCUGGAAUCCGACCGCCAGAGACGGAUCCUCCAGGCGAAGCAAGCGCAGGAGGGAGGGGAGAAGAGCCUGUACGAGGUUCUCCAGGCGAACAAAGCGGCCAAGCAGGCCGAGUUUGAGGAGAAGAACAAGCUGAAGAAUCAGUUUAGGGCUUUGGAUGAGGACGAGAUUGAUUUUCUGGAUGAGGUUGAGCGCCGGAGGAGGGAGGAGGAGGAAAGGAGGAGGAGGGAGGAGGAGGAAGGGUUGAGGGCGUUUAGGGAGAUCAAAUCGUCUAGGGAGAAGGGGGAGGGUGAGGAGGAGGAGGUGGAGGUGGAGGGGUGGGAUUUUGGGGGGGAGGGGGGGAGGAGGAGGAAGCGGAGGGCGGAGGGGAGGAGGUUGUUGGUCAAGAAGGUUAAGAGGGAGGAGAAGAUGGAUGAUACUGAAGGGUCGCCGGCCGGGAAGCCGGGUGGUGGCUCUGGUGGCGAUAAGAAGGCGACAGAGGUGGUGGUGGACAAGGCUGCAGCAGCCGCUUCAGUUCCAAAACCAGCAGAAGCGCCAGCGGUUUCGGCCAAGAAGGCGGCUGGUGGUCUGGUGGAUUAUGGCUCUGAUAGCGAUGACUCUGCGUACGCCUACAUCGGCGGUUGGGGAUGA